CUCGGUCGGUCGGUCGUCGUUUGUCGUGUAGCAGCGAUCCGCCGCUAUUAAUUGUUUUGAAGGCGAAAAAAAAAAAAAAAACCUAACCGGUAGCCGUGUAAACACCACGAUGAUGAUGAUGAUGAUGUUUAAUUUUAACGCGCACAGUUGUUGUAAUUAAUCGUCGUCCCGCCGUCGCCGCCGCUUUUUGAAUCGACACCACCGCCGCAGCCGGUCGACGCGUUCAGUCAGUCGACCGUGUGACACGGGGGAUACCGUCCGACGUACGACGUUGCGACACGCCAACCGCGCCCGGACAAACGGUCGCGCCGGUCAGCCGCCAACAGACACCGCGCCAACAGACUUACCGGCACCGUCCGGCGUGCGAAUUUCCAAAACAGAUGAACCGCGGGGGCCAAGCCCAUACGUCGGAAGAGCAAUCCGCGGAAACUAGUGAAAUGAAAACCGAAGAGACCGUCGAGAGCCAACAGCAGCGCAACAUGUUAGCCGAAGCCAUAGCCUCGUUGCCACCCGUGCCCCAGAACCUGUCGGCAAUAGCUCUGUUCCACCAGCUGCCCAUACUGUACCAGCAGCACUACCAGCACAUGCUGCAAUCCCGAAUCCUGCCCUACCUACAGGAAUCGUUAAGACUGCAAAACGCCGUCAACUACGUAGACAACAACAAACCUCAGUUACCGCAGCAGAUGCCAAUUUUCGACCAACCGAUCGCCGAGCCAGCGGCGGGUACCACCAUGGACAUGAGCUGUCAGGAGAAGCCGCCUUACUCGUACAUCGCCCUGAUCGCCAUGGCGAUAACUUCGGCGCCCAAACAGCGGAUGACCCUGAGCGAAAUAUACAACUACAUCACAGACAAAUUCCCGUACUACCGGAGGAACAGGCAGGGCUGGCAGAACUCCAUCAGGCACAACCUGAGCCUCAACGACUGCUUCAUCAAGAUACCCAGGAGCCGCACGGGCGUCGAUGACAACGUGGGAGGCGGCAAGGGCAGCUACUGGACUUUGGAUCCCGUGGCCGCAGCCGACAUGUUCGAACGGGGAAAUUACAGGCGGCGAAGGAUGCGCCGUCACAGGCCGUACCAACAGCAACCGAGCCCGCAGGACGCGAAAUCGUUGUUGCCGCCCACCCACCACCAUCACCACUUUGUGUAUCCCGAAUUCCAGAUCGGCGGCAACCGGCCCGGGGUACUGGCCGACAAGCCGGCCGCGCCGGACACGGUGUCGUCGCACAACCUGGCGUUCCACAUCGAGAACCUAAUCCAGAACAACCACCGGCACCAGGCGGCCGCCCUGGGCGAGAUCCCGCAGGAGGAGACCGUGUCGUCCAGCAACCUGCACAACAACAACGAACAGGAAGACCACCGCCCGGAGAGCACCGGCACGCCGCCCACCAAACUGAUCAUCAUCAACGACGAGGACGACCACGACCGUCGCAACGGCGGCGCGGGCUGUGUCAGGCGCUAACCGUGUCUCCAUCCCUUUGCUUUGAUUAUCACUACUGUCAUUAUUACUUUUUCUUUUGUCCAUUCCUCCCCCCCCUCCAGCCACCUUUUUUCGCCCGUAAAGCACCCAUAAAUCAAUCAAACCCGAAGAUACACCAGAAGCCAACACCGUGUAAUGGGCGGCUAUAGUGAAGUGUGUGCUAAGCAGAAGGACUGGAAAACCAGUGUGACCGCACGAGAGAAAAAAAAACUCUUCACUCUCGAACGGCGGUUGGUACUCUACCAUUUAUAGAGCCUUCUCUUGAACUCGAAACGUUAUUGUGUUUUAUUUUUCUUGACACAUUCCGGUUUAGUCCUGCUGUUUAAACUACUAUUAUCACCCCUUCACCCCUACACCAACGAAAGAACCUUUGUUCUUCUUUUAAGUGGGACCUAAUGGUUUGCUCGGCUUUACCAGCGAAAAAAACCCCUGCUGGACCCCUUUCUCAAUCCUAGCGGUAGGCCUACCCUUAAAAUCCCACUCCUCUCCUCCCCCCCACAAAAAAAAAAUUUGUAAGUACUGUACCAGCAAAAAAAAAAAAGACCUGUAUUGUCCACUUUGCGGGCAACGAUAUUAUUAUAAAUACUGCAGAAUUGUAUUUUGUAUAUAUUUUUAAUUAUAUUAUUUUACGAACCGUUCUUUUAUU